ACUGUAAAAAGAUGAGAGAGAGAGGAAGAGAGAGAGUGCGAGCAAGCGGAUAUCGUUCACGGGCUGGACGGUCAUCACAGGGUAAUGAGAAAGAGAGAUAUCGAGGAAGAAGUCGGCAACAGAGGAUCUCAUCAGUUGGUAAGAGACGAACGACGAUUGAUUAUGUGCAGGAUAAGAAGUCUCAGUUUGGUGGAGCCUAUAACAAAGGCCUGUACAACCAAGCUACACCAUUCUUCUUCACAAACUUCCCCGAAGAAUGGAGCUAUGCAGAAAUGUGGAGGACUUUCUCACAAUUUGGAAGGGUUUAUGCUAUAUAUAGUCCGAGAAGGAGGAACAGGAACGGUAAUAGAUUUGGCUUUGUGCGUUUUCUGGAUGUCAAAGACAAAAAGGAGCUGGAAAGGAAACUUGAUCAGAUCUGGGUUGGGGACCGUAAACUGUGGGUGAACAUUCCACAUUUUGAUGCUUUGCAAAAAAAGGAGAUGGAGCGUAGAAAUCCCCAAGGAGAGGACCUGAGAAUUCCUCUAAAUCCUUGCCCAAACAUACAAGGAAGAAGCUUUGCUGAUGUGGUAAAAGGGUCGCGAGGCAUAGAUAGUAGAAUGGUUUGGCAAGAAAAAGGACCAGGGGAGAACUGGCAAGGCAUGGAGUAUAAGGAAUCUACAGGAGAAAUUCUUUGUCACGCCCCAGAACCCAAAUCUGAGGCGCGACAGACGCCGUGCACUCGUGAGACGGGUCCCACAAAUGCACAAGGCUCGAAACUUACUCAACAAAAUCAGUUUUGAUACCAUAAAAUUUCCAAUUAAAAUCUAACUUACAAGAGUGUGGUGUACAUGUAUCUAAAAUCUAUGUCAAAUCUCAAGUGGCUAGCCUUUUAUCACGUCACUCCCCUUGAUUUUCGAGUCUCGGGGCACACUACCUGAAAUGGUAGACGAGAAAAACGAGGUGAGAUAACUCAGUAAGUAAAAUAUGGAUUGCCCUUAAUUAAACUUAUAGCAUGCCAACAUAUGCAAUCACGAAAAACGGAUACAGUACGGGCACGAAAUAGACGUCUCCUCUAUAGGUCAUGGCCAGCGUUUAUAAACCUCCCACUGGCGGGCACACGAGUACUAGUGUAUAAUCCCCACUAGUAGGGCCACGAGCGAACCGGUUCUAUCACA